CGUUUUCAACAGUUGUUGGCGACGGUUGUCCCGUGUCACCGUCUCGCCAGAGAACUAUAUUCCCCGUGUAUAUUCUUCAUUCAGUGUGUUAUACGUGAAAAAACCCCCUCUCGAAACGUGAAAUUUUGUGUUGUAUAAAGUUUUAAUGGAUGUAUUUCGCGUGAAUAUCGCACAAUAUGCAUACAUAAUCGGUAUUUUUGUUUGCAAAAAUACAUAAACAAAUCGGGAAUUCAGAAGCAGACCAAAGUGACUAAGUACAAUACAUAAUAAAUGAAUACAAACAGAGACGCAAAGCAAUAGUUGAGGAAAGACGCAAGAACAAGAAGAAGAACAAGAAAGGAACUGCCCGCAAAUUGAACGUAGUGCAACGAACCCAAACUCGAACCCGAACCACAAUUCGAAUUCGAACCCUUCGUUCAACGGGGGUUGCAAUUCCAUACCGUUCCCCGGCCUCCCUCCAGCUGACUGACUGACUGACUCAUCAACAUCAUCUUCGGGCAGCGAGCCUGGCGCUGCUGCUGCUGCAUUCGCUUGCGGUGCGUAGCCAACAAAAGGAAAAACAAAAAAAAAUAAAUAAAUAAAAAAAACCCAAACCAAAGUAAAGUAAAGCUAAAGCUUCUCGUACCGUAACCACAUGCGCAGCAUCAAUUUGGAAACAGCAGCUUACAUAAACACACAAAACACCACAAAACAAUAAAGGAGCUGUAAAUUUAUUGAUUUUGCUUUUUACAUUCAUCCCAUCUGAUUGAGUCCAUUUGCCAGGAAAAGCAAAGCAAAAAAAUAAUUGGCCAGCGUGUAAAUUACAAAAACAGAGCAAAAACAUCUCAACGGCAUUUUCCCAAGGAAAAAAGUCUAAUCUCAAAUGAAUUUCACAAGCCAAGCGAACUGCAACUGCCAACACAAACAACAACAUCAUCAGCAACACCAUCAGCAGCCAACGCUUAUCAAGAGCCACACUUGCGCCUAUCAGUUGCAAGAUUUAGCUGGCUAUAAUCGUGCGCUGAUGCCGCCGGUGGACAAUAUAGAUUUUAGCAGUGCCUGGCGAUAUGUCAACAACAAUUCAGCAACAACGCCUUGCGGCUAUCAUCAGCAGCAGCAACAUCAGCAGCAGCAACAUCAGCAACAGCAGCAGGCAACACAUUGGGCCAAGGCAAAAUCAUCGCCAUAUCAUCAUCACACGUGUCCGCGCCAAAAGAAAUCGUUUACGGCUACUCCAACGCACACGCCCACCUCAACGCCCACAUCGACCAUUUGUCGACAGCAGCAGCAGAAGCAGCGACGUUCACGCUCCACAUCCUCAGCGACGGCGAAUGGGAAACAGCGUCGCAAUAGCUCAUAUCAUUCCUAUGAUGAUUUGGAUGCAUCCUCUGCCGUUGCGAAUGCCGAACGCAAAGUGGUCGCCAGCCUCAAAUAUUUGUGCGCCUGCACCGGCGCCACGCUGCGCAAUUUGUCGAAAAAGACGAAAGAUUUGCAUGCCAAGAACUACACCUACACCAAGCCCACGUGGCGCCUCUGGGGCGAGGAGCACGAGAAGAAUGCUAUUUUCACCGUCUAUUUGAAGAAGGUGCGCUAUCAUCGACCCACGCCCACCGCCAGCAAUCAGGACUCGGAUGAUGAAAUCUCACAUCUGGAAUGGGAGACGGUGCGCGUGCGAUUUGUGAAGGCUGCCACAUUGGCGCGACUGGUGGAGGCACUGGCCACCGAUGAUGGUGAACUGGAGUCGACGUUCAUCAAUGUCUUUUUGUCCACAUAUCGCACGUUCUCAACGCCCAAACAGGUGCUCAGUCUGCUGACGCAACGCUACGAUGCGCUGCAUGAGAAGCACUUGGAGGAGCUGGAGCUGGUGCAGCAGAAUGGCGUUGGCGAUGGGAAGGGGAGCAGCGGCUAUGACUCGCCCGCUGGCAUCCAUGAACAGCAUAAGAAAACUCUAGUCUCGGCGCUGCAUGUGUGGCUGGAUGGUUUCCCCGAGGAUUGGCAUGAGGAUAAUCUACAGCAGAUACUCACCUUUGCCGGCCGUCGUCUCAAACACUCCGAUUUGCACAUCAAGGUGGUGAAUCGCUUGGAGCGUCUGCUCCGCCAGCAGGUCUACGGUGGCGGCAUUGCGACCAAUCAUGUGGACAACAAUGCCCUGCCCUGGCUAGCAACGCAGGGUGCUCAGCCAACGCAGUUCAUGAUGCACACCUCAUGCGGCUCCACAUAUGAUCUGAGCGAACCGUUAAGUCGCCUGUAUUUGGCGCCCAUCUAUCGCGAACUGCCCUCGUUUCUGGAGGCCUUCCGGUUCCCCCAUGUGCCCGUGCGCCACUUUGCCGAGCAGCUCACCCGCAUGGACACCGAUCUCUUCAAGCGCCUCAUACCCCAUCAGUGUUUGGGCCACACGUGGGCGCGUCGGGACAGCGGCGGCUCCGAAACAGUGGUCGCCACCAUUACGCAGUUCAAUGCGGUUCUCUAUCGUGUCGUGUCCAGCAUACUCAUCGAUCGUCUCAAGCCCCAGGAACGCGCCUUGUACAUUUCACGCUGGAUUGAGAUCGCUCAGGAGCUGCGCAUGCUCAAGAACUUCAGCUCGCUGAAGGCCAUCAUCUCGGCAUUGAACUCAAAUUCCAUAUAUAGGCUAUCCAAGGUCUGGGAGUUUCUGGCCAAAGAUCGUAUGGAAAUCUUCACGGAACUUGCGCGCAUCUGUUCGGAGGAUAAUAAUGCGUGGACAUUGCGCGAGGUGCUGAAGCGCGAGGGUACGGCCAAGAAUCCGGAUCCGGGUAGCGAUCAAGGCGAUCGGCAUUUGCAGAAGCUGAUACUGAAUCUGGGCACGCAGACAUCGCAUGGCACGAUACCAUAUCUGGGCACAUUUCUCACCGAUCUGACCAUGAUACAUACGGCCAAUCCCGAUUAUCUCACCGAAGACAAACUGAUCAACUUUGACAAGAAGCGCAAGGAGUUCGAGGUGCUGGCCCAAAUCAAGCUGCUCCAGGGCGCUGCAAACACUUACAACCUGAACAAGGAUGAGCUCUUCGAUCGGUGGUUCGUCUCCAUGCCGGUGCUGGAUGAACGGCAGGCAUUUGCGCUCAGUUGCCAGCUGGAGCCACCGCCGCCGGCGCCACGUAAAUCGGUGGCAAGCACAAACACAUCGCUGACGAAUACGACGGCCUCGUCGACGGCCUCCAUAAUGGGUAGCGGUGGACAUGGUGGACAUCGCAAGACUGAUUCCAUACACUCCAAUUCGAGCAGCGGAGCCGGCUCACAGUUCUACUGUGAGCUAAACAGCAGCACCAGUUCCAGGCACAACUCAUUGGAUCGGGAUGCCCAUCAUGCCUCGCUAAUGUCCGCCUCGAGCAGCACCUCCAAUUUGUCAAUGGACUCGAGCAAUUCCGGUGGACGACAGUCGGCGCACGGCAAACUGACGCAUUCCCAAUCCCUGGGCAAUGGCUUGAAGAAUGCCGCGUUGAGCAAUGGUGUCACCAAUGGCAUCGGUUCGCCACAUACCCACAUCAAUGCCCAGCUGGUGCAGCCAACUGGCACCGUUACCCAAUCCGCACCUGAUUUCUACAUUAUUCGGGUGACAUACGAAACGGAUAACAUUGAGCUGGAUGGCAUUGUGCUGUACAAGAGUAUUAUGCUGGGCAACAAUGAGCGCACUCAUCAGGUGAUUAGGAAUGCAAUGUUGAAGCUCGGCUUGGAGGAUGAUCCGGAUAGGUAUACACUGGCCCAGGUGCUGCCCGACAAGGAGCUGGUCAUGCCGAAAACGGCGAAUGUCUAUUAUGCCGUUAAUACCAACUAUAAUCUCAAUUUCAUAUUGCGACCACGCAAGGAUGAGGCGGGAGGCGUUGCUAGCUAGUCCUCAGCCGUGCCCCUAUCUCAGUUGUGGUGCUUGGGAUACGAGGGCGAGGAGUGAGGAGCUGCAGGAGGCAUAAGCAAAAACCGAAGAGCGACCAUGGCCAAUUUUGUAUAUAUAUACAUAGAUAUAUAUAUAUGUAUACAUAUUUAUAUAGUAUAUAGACCCGACUCGCACAUGACAAGUUCUUUUUAAGUUGAUAAUAAUGUAUUAAUUUAUUUAUUACAACAAUAGACAGUUUAUGUAUAAAGAAACAGGGAGUCAGCGAGUGCAACUGGAUGAUGGCAAUUAUUAUCGAUAUUUAUCGAUUGAACCCGUUGUCAAUUAGCUUUUAGAACAACCGCAACUUUUGUAAUCUCCGUUUUCAUAGUGUUUUUUGGAUGCUGUAUAUUAUUACGCACACACCUAGACACACACACAUACACACACACACACACACACACACACACACACAUACACACAUACACACAUACAAGCAUAGAUACAGAAACCUAUGUAGACUCGAAAACUGGAAUUAUUGCUGAUAUUUAUGAUAUAUGUACUAUUUACUGAUAUGAUAUACUUGCUUAAGCGAUUGAUAUAUGUAUACAACAAAAUGUAGUACAAUAAUUUUGAGGUUAGAAUCGAUAUUAGUUAUUUCUUUGGAGGAACCAAACGACAAUUUCUCGUGGGCUCUACGAGUAUCUACUUUAUUUUGAAACAAACAAACAAACAAACAAAAAAACCAACAAAACCAACCAUGAUAUGUAUUUGUAUAGAUGUUUUAUUGAUGUACGUGUAUUUUAUAUCUAUAUAUAUAUAUAUAACAAUAUAAAUUGUAACUGAAUAAAUUUAGUAGGGGCGCAAUUAAAAUGUACGUAUAUAAAUAUGUUUAUAUAUAUAAAUAUAUACGUAUGUUUAACAGUUUUUUGGUAAGCUCUCUACACUUUACAAUUAGUUAAGAUAUUGUAUUUGUGUGUAUAUUUAGAGCAGUACAAUUUAAUGAAUUAUACAUAUAUCCAUACCUAAAUGGAGGCAUAUUAAAUAUGAGACCUAUGCAAUACAAAACUAAGUAAAAUACACUUAAAAACAAAAAACAAAAAAACAAAUAAGAAUCUGUGUAAAUAUAAAACCAAAAAUAAACAUGCCUUUUCUUUGGUGUACAUUU